UGCUUCAUUCUAGGGACCUGUCCAACUUGAAAAAUUAUGUAGCUUCGUCAGUAGUAAAUAAGUUACUGGAUUGUGUAUGAUAUUAAUUAGCUCCCAGUGACAGCCAUUGAUUGUAAGUAGAAAAGAAAAACUUAACUUCUUUCGAGAUGCCACCUGGUGAACAGAGCAUCUGCCAAGCACGUGCCUCGGUUAUGGUCUAUGAUGAUUCAAGCAAAAAAUGGAUUCCAGCCAAACCUGGACAACAAGGAUUCAGCAGAGUCAACAUCUAUCACAACACCUCCAAUAACACCUUCAGAGUUGUUGGAAUGAAAUUACAGGACCAGCAAGUUGUCAUAAAUUAUUCUAUCGUCAAGGGACUGAAAUAUAAUCAAGCUACACCUACAUUCCACCAAUGGCGUGAUGCCCGACAGGUAUACGGGUUGAAUUUUGCAAGCAAGGAAGAAGCCACAGCCUUUUCAAACGCAAUGGCAUAUGCUUUGAAUGUGCUAAGCGCACAAGAUGGAGGUCCUGCGGUGCAACGUCAAAUUCAGGUCCAGAAUGGGCCACCCCCUGAAGAUCAGGAAGCACAGCGAAGGCAAAUAAUGGAACAACGACAUGAGCAAAUGGAAAGAGAUCGACGGGCUUCCAUGUCUGCUCCCCCUGUUCUUCCUGGAGGACCCCAUACACAACCUACAUGCCCCCCACCACUUCCUGCUGGUGGUCCCCCACCACCUCCACCACCACCAGGGCCUCCACCAGCUUCUGGAGGUGGACCACCUCCUCCUCCUCCAUUGCCAGCUUGUGGAAGCCCUGGAGCUAGAGGUGAUGAGGGACACUCAGCCUCAGGACUAGCAGCAGCAAUCGCUGGGGCUAAACUAAGGAAAACUAGCCGGCCUGAGGAUGGUUCAGGAAGUUCAAGUCCUGGGGGAGUGUCAAAAUCUGACACCAAUCGAAACAGCUGUGGGGCAGCACCUUCUGGGGGAGGACUGAUGGAUGAAAUGAAUAAGUUACUAGCAAAACGGAGAAAAGCUGCCCAACAAACAGAUAAACCAAGUGACAAAAAAGAGGAGGAAAGCCAGAAUGAGGAUGCAAGCCUUUCACCUUCACCCAAUUCACGAGGACCUGGUUUGCAGAAUUCAACAGAUGCUGUUAAAAAGCCAUGGGAAAGGGCCAAUUCUGUCGAAAAGUCAGGAACGAUUUCAAGAAGUGCAUUAAUGAUGAGGAGUUCUGAAGCUAAGAAUAUUGUGCAGUCUCAUCUUUCAUCCUCUAGACUGAAACCUGGAAAUGUAACCUCUAACGAUGUGGCCACAGAUGCCUUAGAUUUUGAUCGAUUGAAGCAGGAAAUACUGGAAGAAGUGGUAAAGGAGUUGCAUAAGGUGAAAGAAGAGAUUAUAGAUGCCAUUAGACAAGAAUUGAGCAGAAUCAGUACAACGUAAUGAAUUUUGCACUUCAGAACGUGAGAAGUCCUCAAAGGGAUCUGGGAAGAUGAGAGAUGGCUGGCUCUAUGGAGGAUAAUGUGGAAGAUUGACUAGGAGAGAAGCUAUGCACUGAAUGUCACAGUUGCUUUCAAGCCCUUCAUUGAACAGUGGAUUCGACAUGCUGCCUUGGAUCUGCUUCACAUGAAAAGUCUUAAUAAUUUUCCAAAACAACAACAGAAACUCAAUGAUUUUUAAUACAACUUGUGAAUCUUAUUUUCUAGGUUUUACAGAAAAUUGCACAUCUGUUUUAUGUUAGCCUUUGUAUUUUUUAUUAGAUUAUUUAAAAGUUUACAUUACUUUUAGAUUGUGUUUUUAGAUAAGAGCUUAUACACACACACACACACACACAGAGACAGACACGCACACACACACAGACACAUACCACAAAUCUUUUGCUUUUUGUAGGUAAAUACUUCAGUUAUUACUACCAGUAGACAUUUCCACAGUAUUAUUAACUCUGUAUUGAAAAGUCUUUGCCAACAAAGAGAUCCUUUGUAACAUCACUGAAAAGGCAGAAACUUGUACUAGUUAUAAUAUGACAAAGUAAACUGAUUUCUCAACCAAUCUUUCAAAUCUUAUUAAAACAAGGUACGUCAAUACAAAGCAGUCUCUGUGUCCAUGUUAGAAUGCAGAUGGUAGAAAGUUAUUCAAAUUAUAAGACCAUAAGACAUAUGAUAUACGAGCAGAAUUAGGCCAUUCAGGCCAACAAGUCUGUUCUACCAUUCCAUCAUAGCUGAUUUAAUAUCCCUCUCAAGUGCAUUCUCCUACCUUUUCCCUGUAACCGUUAGUGCCCUGACCAAUCAAGAACCUAUCAAAUUCUGCUUUAAAUAUACUCAAUGACUUGACAUCCGCAGCAGUCCAUGGCAAAGAAUUACACAUACUCAUCAUCCUCUGGCUAAAGAAAUUCCUCUCAUCUCUGUUCUGAAUGGACAUCCCUCUAUUCUGAGACCGUGGCCUUUGGUUCCAGAGACACCCAGAACAGGAAUCAUACUUUCCACAUUCACUCUGUCUAGGCAUUUCAACAUUCAAUAGGCUGCAUUGCAAUUACCCCUCAUUCUUCUAUACGUCAAUGAGUACAGACCCAGAGCCAUCAAACGCUCCUCACAUGUUAACCCUUUCGUUGCUGGAAUCAUUCUCAUGAACCUGCUCUGUACCCUGUCUAAUGUCAGCACAUCUUUUUUCUUAAAUAAAGAGCCAAAACUGCUCACAAUA